ACCUGGUUUCCAUUCUGCCUCCUUCUUCUGGUGGUGAUUAGUUUACCUAUGACUGAAUUAACUUUUUUUUUGUCCCUUUGGUUCGUAGCAAGGGAGUUUCAAAGCAACCUGUUUUGCGUUUCUUGCCGUCUUUAUUUUCUGCUACUAUCUGACCAGUACUGUAUUGUUUGCUGGGGAUUUGUAUAGCGAAAUGAUGGCUCCAAGCCUUGGCAUUAGUAUUGGACUAUCAUUGCUUUACAUGGGGGUUCUAGGAAGUCCCAAAGGUUACAGUAUUCCAGAAGGAGUGGAUAUACAGUCAGAAUGUCGGGAUCGAUACCUGUGGGUGCAUGUUGGUUCGUCUGGCAACGCCCCUAAGUUUGAGGCUGUAGAUGCGGCUGGUGUGCAUCCCAUAGAUGUAAAGAAUGCGUCCCGGUGUGGUUACACAAUCAGCACCUUCAAGAUGGAUGGCUACACCACUCUCAGGGCUUCCUACUUCUCCUGUCACAUUGACAACCAGAACGAUGAGGUAUUCACCUUUCAGUUCAAUAUCAUUGUCAUGGAUGCCAAGGACCAACAGUCGCGCUACCCUUUGUCUCGGACCUGCUCCCUGCUACUGCCCUGGUCCCAACGGGAGGUUAUAUGUGAAGAGGACUACAUGGAGGUAACUGUGGGGAGAGAUGUGCCUUGUACUACCUCUGAAGGAACCUCAAAGGAAGCAUGGAGGGCUGCCCAUUCUGUUGCCCAAAAUAUAGCCAAUUCUGCAUGGCAGGUAAUGUUCCUAAAGAAUGAAGAUGAAAUGGCCACCAUGCCCAUCACCGAAGCACAUCGACUGGGUUACGAGUUGAGUGCCACUCCGAAAAGGGUUAUCUUCCGCUCUCCCUACAGACAAACUCACUCGGAAAUCAUAAUGGUUGACGGUGUUGCGGUGGAGGUCAUUCACGGGACAGUGUUCUUCAGUCAGAAAAUGAUGGUGGUCAUGAUUGACAUAUCUGUGGCCUGCACCAUAAACCCAGGAUACUUUGACGGGGUCAGGCUACUCUGGGAGACCCCCAGGAUCAUGACACCGUUGGUUCACAGCGGCUUUGGCUUUGAGAGCAAGCAGAUCAACGUGGGUGUGGAGAGCCAACUGCUAGAUGAGGGCACGGCGAGGGCCAGGGGCUACACUCUAGAAGUCAAAGGGCUCAUGGUACAGAUGGGUGUCCCCUUUGGUGCCGAAGGAGGAUAUAGGAAGAGUUUGGUGACAAACAAUAUCUACCGGGAGAUGUACGUGGCUUUCCUGUUCUAUGAGCAUGUGUUCUCUCAUGUCUACACUGAUGGUAGCACUGUUGAAACGAGACACCGGCUGCUCAGGGUAGUGGACACUCCAUUGCUGUGCCGACACCCCUUCACCGUUGAUGUCGACGCCCUUCCUCCAUACCACAAGACCAGCUUUGAAGAGCAUACGUUCAACGUGUACUUGGGGAACAUUCCUCACGAUGUGGCUCUGAUGGGAGUGAAGUUGAAUGAAAAGCAGUUCUCUGUGUCAGAUGCUGCAGAACAUGGCUACACCAUCAGUAAGAUCGUCCAUGCCAAUGGCACCCAUGCCUAUACUAUCAGGGUUCCUUUUGACGACAAGGCUGUGCAUAGGACGUACUUAGGUGAGGGGCUCUUCCAGUACUCCAUGGACAUGAACUACACGUUAAGCAUCAUGCCCCAGGAAGAGGCCUACUACCAUCUAGCCUCUGUUAUGGAACAGCUCAGCAACGCAUUCCCUCCUGAGCUCAAAGGGGUUUGCACAAGAGGAGGCAUUGUCUUUGACAUGACCCAGCCAAGACUGGGAUACCUGUGGGAGAUCGGGGUCGGUCAUGACCCUCUAACACCUGAGCUGGUGGCUGAAAGAGGGUACAACCUGCGAAACGAAAGCCAUAUUUUGACCUUGGAGGUGCCACUGUUCACUGUUGGCUACACUUAUGAGGAUAUCAACUUGAGGCAUUUUUAUGGCAUAUUUGAAAUACACUCAAGAGAUUCAAGGACUUCGGAGAUCCAGACCGCAACAGCAACGCGCUGUCUUUUCAGACGUGAUCAGCUUAUAAUCUGUUCAACUGAUGGGAUCAUGACUGUGUUGACCAGUACAAAACCUACCUGGCCUGCAGUGAAUCCACGCAGUACUACCCUCUUGGACAGAACCUGUAAACCAAAAUUAAUGGACGACUCAAGAGUUCUGUUUGAGUUUGGCUUGAACACGUGCAAUACCACGGUUAUGGUUGAAGACUCUUCUGUAGUGUAUGAAAACGAGAUCCUGUCUUAUAGGGAGCUCAUACUUGACAGCGCUUCUUUCAUCUCCAGGGAUUCUAAAUUCAGACUCUCAGUGCGAUGUCUCUACCCACAUAGCUCAGUCAGUAGGCUGUUUGUGGACAGGACUUUUAAAUCUCAAAUGUCUGGGGUUGGCUCAAUCAAAUUCACAGGGAGCAACAAAGAUGGUGCAGCCAAUAAACCAGUGCCUGACUGUCCACAGCAAGUUCCCACCAACACUGAAAGUGUCCAGGUUAUCGGCACAAAGCCUUCUCCAAGCAAUCAUGAGGUGUCACAGACAUGGGGGCAUUAUAGUACCAAUUAUGGAUCUUUAACAGCUGACAACACCCUGUAUCAUUCUCUCAGCCAUUACAGCGGUCUCCAAAGAAGUGGUGCCCCACAAUCAUCCAGCAAUGUACAAAGUGUUCUGAAUCGCUAUGGACUUGUGCAAGGUGGAAGCACUUAUGGUACUGGCCAACACAAAUUGACACCCCAGCCAUAAAUGUCUAUGAAUCCACCCAGGAUGUUAAUACUCCACCUCAAAAGGGUAUGGGAAUCAGGCCUGAAACUGAUGGAGGCAGCAGGCUCUGUGGAUAUGGGCAAUUUCCCAUCCAUAGCCCUGUCCAGGGUGACGGGAUCAAAUGUAUCCCAGGCCACUAUAGGCCUACAUCUGCAAAGACAAUCAAUGUCCAAUCUAGUGUCCUCAAUCGAGUUCCCAGCCACUUAAACAGUACUCCUGGUGGCAGCACUCAAAAUGCACAGCAACAUUUGAGACCUCACCCAAAUUAUGAGGGUAAGAGACCAAGCAACUCUGCCCAACAUGAGAUGUACAAUGCUGUACAAUCAGCAAAGGUGCGCAAACCAGCCACAAGCCAUCAUGCAACUGUCCAAACGGUGAACAAUAAGCCCACUUUAAGUAACCCCACUGCACAAAGUGGCAGCACACCGCAGCAUUCUGGGGGUAAUGUCCUCUCUGGCUUAAGACGCUAUAGCCAAUAUGGUGUUUUGCAAAGUUCUGAUGGCAUAUCUAUCCCCCAGCAAUACAUCAAGCCAGCCAGUGAACAAUAUACUCCUGGCACUGUCAAGACCCCAAGCCACUAUGACACUCCAAGCAAGGUAAACCCUUUCCUUGCUUCCUAUGUUUACCAGAAUACUAAAGUACAACCUGGUUCCAACUACAACACAGAUGCCCAGCGUUUUGGUGUGAAACAAGUCCUUCCUGCUAAUGCAUAUGGUUCUUCUCAAGUAAGGAACAGCUUCCAGCAAGUCCCCAGUCACAAAUUCCCACUAGGUGACCGUGCCCAAAGUACCUCAAGUUAUGUGAAACCUGCUUCCAGAGACAACUUUGUUGUCCAAGGUGUAGAUCGUCAACCUACCACCAGCAAA